AUGAACUUCAGCAAGAUAAAUAGCUUCUUAUUAAGUUUGAUCACUCUCAUUAAUUUCAUAUUUUGUGGUCAGUGUCCCCUUUUACAGACAUAUGAAAAUCCUUAGAAGUAUUAAGGGUUUGUGGUAAAGAAUUACCUAAGAAUACCUCAAACUAAUGUGCUGGUUAUAAAUACAAUAUUUUAGUAAAAUUAAGAUUCGAGUAUAGUAUAUUAUAACGAUAUGUCCUCCUCUUCUGGUGAAAUUAUCAAUGUUAUCAAGCCCGACUAUGUGAUAAUAGAAAUGCUUUACAACUCUUAGAUUGAUUAAAUUGUCAUUUCGAAUUAUGACAACCUCAUCUUUGCAGACCCUUAUACUUUGAAGGCUUUGAGUUCUUUUUCUAUUCCAAAUCUUAUGACAAUUCAAUUUAUAAAAGGAACUAACUAUAUACUUAUUACUAACUAUUUUAAUCAAUUAUAAAUAUUUGAUUUUAUUUAGCAACAAGUUGUCUUAUUGAUGGAUAAUACAUCAUAAUUGUUAGUCUUUCCUGAUAAUUAAUGGCUAUAUCAAUAUUAUUCUGAUCUUUAUACACUUAAAAAUGGUGAUAAUAUAAUCGUGACCACUAACGAUAUGGGUGUUAUAGCUUGGGGAAUAGACCUUAAAUAAUUGAACUAUACCUUCUAUGGGUAUAUCUAAGAUUCCUUAGUUUAUGCUGAAAAAGAUGGAUAUAAAUCUUUCACAAAGCAUCCAACUGAAGAUAUUUUAUUUAUGGCAGGAAAAUACCUAGAAAUUACUGCAGUUAAAAUAAUUGACGCAAAAUAAGGUCUUUACAAAACUCUAUUUAAAACAUCAUUAUAUAACUAUUAGUUUCUUGAUGUACUUACUAACAUUGAGUUCGUUUACUUUAAUUACAAUGGACUUCCUUACCCUUGCUUAUGGGUAGGAGAAGAACAGUAUAUAUACUAUGCUUAUGUAUCAUUCAACAGUGAUUUUUCUUCUGCAUAUAUUACGAAUUAUGGGUGGAAUGAUGUUAAAAGCUAUUAUAGAUGGUACAAAAUAGAAGAAAAUACAGUGUUCUUUAUUUCUUCUUUGUAUUAUAUUACUAUUUUUAACUAUUAAACAUUUUAGUUCUCCUAUAACUUAUAUGUUUAUGGAAAUAAUUAUUGCAGAAGAUUUAUCAGAUAAUAAUAAGGAUAAACGGAUAGAUUUAUUCUCCUUGAUAAUAACGUGUUAUUGCUUUAUGAUAGAGGAAAUUUUGGUAUGUAUAAUGUAAAUACAUAAAAACCUACAUUAAGUAUUGGUCACCUUUAAACUUUUAGCACCUUCUAUUAAAUAAAAAAUAUCUUCGAUUGGUAUUUUGUCAAAGCAAGCACAGUUGUGAAUGGUUAAACAUAAAGUUUAGCUUUGAUUUUCCCUAUAUAUCCAUUAAACUAACACGAAUAUACAUCUAAUAUAACAUCUUCAUUCGGAUUAUAAUGGUAUAAUGUUAAUUUAAAUUUAGACCCUUACUUUUUAAAUGGUAAAGUUUGGGUCGCAGUAGCAUUUCCUCAUAAAGCAAAAACAGAAAACUAUCUUUUCCAACUCAUAAAUUGUUUGUCAACAACAGAAAGAUAUAAUCUAACGUCAAAUCAAACUGAUGUAACAUCUAUAUAAACAGCCUUUGCAAUAUCUUCCUUACAGAAUGCAAAUAACUAAGAGCUAAUAGGAGUUGAUAAUGCAGGUACUAUCUAUACAUGGGAUUUGAGUUAACCAACCAUACCCUUUAAGUCUUCAAUAAAUUUCAGCAUUUGUACUAAUUCUGUAAUUGGAGAAGUCUUUUACUAUUAAAAUAGCAAAUAUUUGAUUAUUUCUUGUUCUAAUAAUAAUGUAUAUUCUUUUAACUUGGCAACAGGAAGCUAUUAACUCCUCUCUAAGUUAAGUAGUUAACCAUUAGCUUUAAGAGCAUUUUCUUAGCCAUAGUUGGUAGCUAUAGGUGAUUAAAAUUAGGGUAUAGCUCUUAUUUACAAAUUCAACACAACAUCUUUGCAAUUUGACUUCUUUUUGUAGCUACAGUCAAAGAAAGUAUAAGAUAAAAUUAUUUUCAUUGAAAUGCUAAAUGAUUACACUAUUUGGGUAUAGUUUGGUCUUAGUAAUUUAUUCUAUUCAAUUUAAGACUGCUUGUCAGAUUCAAAGCUAUGCACUUAGUGUACACAAUCUUAUAGCUUUUAGGCUACUAAUAAAUAUGAUUAAAGUGGUGUCUAUGGAAUAGGUACUACGAAUAAACCAUUUACUACUUCCGAUAAUUUUCUUACUGCUAUGAUCAAAGCACAAUAUUACAAAUAAAUGGUAAAUGGAGUUUCAGAUAUGAGUGUAAAUAUUGUUAUACAACCUGGCUUCUUAUUGAAUUUAAAUCCUAACUUGAUGAAUUUUGACUUCAACAAAAUCAUUUAAUUGACCUUCUAAAGCAGCUAGCCUGGGACUUAUGCAAGUUUAGAAUAUUAAAACACACUAAAUUUGUAGAAUUACUAUUAAAUAAAUAUCUAAGAUAUUAUAAUUUAUUAUGGAUUAGACACAGAAUAAAAUAAUUGUGGAUUAAUAUUUUAAAAUAUUUAACAAGGAGUAUUCAUUAAUAAUAUCUAGUAAUUUACUUUAUUGUCAACCUCCAUCCCUAAAAGCUGUCAAUCGAUCUUUGUUGAAUAAACUUAGUUAACUAUUUUGAAAUACGAAAUAGUGGAAGAAGAUUUCACAAAUCAUUAGUCAGUUAUUAAUACUUUUAACUCUACUCAAAUAUAAUUAUUUAAUGUUUCCAUAAUUAAUUCAACUUUGGGACAAUCAUUUAGCUAUUUAUAGUAAUAAUCUGAUAUCCAAGUUAACAUUUAAAAUAUUACCCUAUCGGGUAAUAGUUGCUCAGAUAACGCAAAUUAAGAUGACAAUAUCAUUUCAGUACUUUUCUCUGCAGGACAGUACACAGUUAAUAACAUGCUUGUAAGUGGUAACACCUUUUGUAAAAAAUCAUUCUUUUCUACAGUUACAACUCUAACUCAAGCCAAUUAAGUUUUUUCAUUUAGCAACGUAAUUGUUUAAAAUAAUGUUUUUUAGGCAAGAACUACCUACAUAUUUUUUGAUGCUUUUUAUUCUAUGAAAGCAUCUCCUUCUCAUGAACUGGAUUUAAAUGGUGUUUCGUUUGUAAAUAAUCAUCUAUUCUAAUAAAGUAGUGAAGAUUUAAAUACAGCCUAAUAUUUUUAGACUAGCAAAAUUGCCAAAAUAUAAAUUUAAAAUACUAAUCUAACUGAUCAUUUUGACAUUUAACUUGGAUUAAUAGAAAAUGCUAAUUCGAUUUAAAUAGAUACAUUUUAUUGCUAAAAUGAUGACGAAUAUCUUGCUAAAAUUCCCAGUAAAAUUACAGCAGGAUGUCUAUAAAUGAAGGAAAUAUAAUAGGCCAACUUUAAUUAAAUUUAAGUCACUAAGAAAAAAUCUUAAGAUUCUAAUUUAAUAAAAAUUCAAAAUAGUGAAGUCUAACAAGCAAACUUAACAAUUACAAAUGGUAUGUUUAGUGACUUAUAACUAUAUUAAAAUAGUGUAAAUACAGAAGCUAUACCUUUGUAUAUUGUCAGCGGUUAUGAUAUCCAAGUAGUUUUAGAUAAUUGUACAUUUUAAAACAUAUUUUUGAAGAGUAUCCAAUACACUUUAACCUUCUCUAGUACAGCACUAUAUAUUUUGAACUAUGUUGGUUCUAUAACUAUUAAAAAUAGCCAAUUUUAAAAUUCAUACAGUAACUCUCUAUAUGGAUUUGCCUACAUUUAAACCUAUACAUUAACAAUAGACAAUGUUUCAUUUAAUAACUCUACAUUUACUAACGAUAAUUCUUUGUCUUUGUUCAAUUCUCAAGGAAGCAUGAUUAAUGCAAAGGCCUAAAAUAUAACUAUAAUGAAAACUAAUUUCACAAAGGCCACAGCAUCUAAAGGAGCAUUUCUAUAUUUAGUCUCUUUUGGUGAAAUAUUCUACCUUAAUUUUACUAAUACUAUGUUUAGCGAAGGGUAUGCUUCAUUAGAUGGUGGAGCUGUGUUUAUUGAUGAUGGAGGCUAAAUCCUUUAGAUGAAUUGCCAAAAUUGUCAAUUCAGUAAUAUAUAUACUCUAUUUGGCAGUGCUUCUACUAUUGCAUCACAAAAAUACGCAGAGCAGCAAGUUAAUUAGUAGAAUACUAUCUCGUUUUAAGGAGGAUAUAUUAAAAAUGUAAAAGGAAUAGCAGAUAGCUACUUUAUUGAUGUAAAUAAUGCAGGAAUAUAAUUUUAAAAUAUAAACUAAAUUCUAUCAGAAGAUUUUAGUUCAAACUCAAUGGCUCAUAGCUAGUUUAUCAACAGAGCAAAAAAUCCAUAAUAGUCAACACUUGUUAAUUUACUAAAUUCAAAUUUAGUAAUAAAUAAAUGUAAUAUUACUAACAUUUAUAUUGAGUCUCAAUCUGCUACAUUCCCAUUGUUAAUUAAUUCUUAAAACUCAUCUGUAAAAAUAAGCAAUAGUUAAAUACUGAACUCAACAUUUACAACAAGUAUGAUUUAUUCAAGCUAAAGCUAAUUAGAUUUUUCUUAAUUAACUGUCCAAAAUGUUAGCUAAAAGUUCUCUUAAAGUAGAUUGAUUUAGUAAGAUAUAUAUCAAACACCUUAGGCAAUUUCUUCAUCUUUGAUAGUUACAACUUAAUCUAUAAUUAAAGUAUAUCAAGGAAGUCUUUUCUCUAAUAUAUAAUGCAAUACUAACUGUAAUGGUGGAGCAUUUUAGGUUUCUUAAGGAACUCUAAAUAUUGAAAACACAGUUUUCUAACAAAUUCAAUCAACUUUUGGAGGCGCUUUAUUUAUCUAAGGAAUAAAUAACACAAAUCAAAUAUCAAAUACUUAAUUUUUAAACUGUAAUUCUUAAAGUGAUGGGGGAGCAAUUUAUUUGACUGCUCUUUAAAAUGAUAAAUUUUCUCUUAACUUGGAUCAAACUACUUUUAACGGAAACGAAUGCAAUGUAAGAGGUGGUGCUAUGUACAUAAGUUCUGAAAUAUUAAAUUCUGCUCAAUAAAGUGUCUAAAUGACUAACUCGAAAAUUAUUAAUAAUAAAGCAGGUAUUGGAGGUGGAAUUUAUUAGUAGAAUUUAUCUGUUGACACAUAAAAAAAUAACGUUCUUUCAAGUAAUGUUGGCUAAAUUUACGGAAGUGACGAAGUUUCUUAUCCUUCAUAGCUGAGAGUUAGCAAUAUUGAUUCAUUUUUGCAGCUUAAUAACGGUGUUGUAGAUAAAGAUCAUAUUGUUAUCAAUAAUUUUAGGAGCGGAGCUAAUUUAUCUGACAUUUAAUUUGUAUUGCUAAACAAUAAAAGUGAGAUAGUUUAUCCUAUUACAUCAGAAGAUUACAACACCUUUUAAAUAGAUGUUAAUAUUGAUCAAAAAACCAAAGAUUUAUCCUCAUAUUCAGUCAGUGAAAAUAUUUUCGCAAAAUAUGAUCCUCUGCUCAAAGCUUUCAAAUUUGAUAAUAUUAGCAUUACAGGUUUACCAGGUUCAUCAGCUAAUAUUUAAUUUACUUCUAAAUAGAUUUACACAUUAGACUAAAAUACAUAAACAUUCAUUUAAAAUUACACUUUCAAUAUUCUUAUUCAGUUUAGACUGUGCGGCCCUGGAGAAUAAAUUGCAAAGCUAGAUCAGGUAACAUAGUGCUAAAUUUGUCCUGUAAAUUAUUAUUCUUUUGAUGUUUCAAAUUGCUAAGAAUGCCCACAAGGAGCUACUUGCAACGGAGGAACAAAUGUUGUUGCAAAUGCAGGGUAUUGGAGAAAAACUAACAUCAGUAACAUAAUAAUUGAUUGCUCUAAUCUACCUGAUAACUGUGUUGGCGGUAGUUUUGGUAACAAUAUUUGCUACGAAGGUCACAUAGGAGCACUUUGUGAAGAAUGCGAUAUUCAUGGAGAGCACUGGGGUAAACCUUAUGCAAAAUCAGCAAAAUAUUCAUGUACAAGAUGUGAUUAGAUUAAAGGAAAUGUUUGGAUAGUUGUCUUAAUGACUGUUUGGACAUUAGUUUCUAUGUGUUUAGCAAUAAAGGGAGAUGUUGAUGUUUUAAGAGAAAAAGUAGCUGUUUUGACUAUUUAAAAGCACAUGAUGAUGAGAAGAAAAACUGUAAGCCUAACUAGCAAAGAAAAAAGACAAAAUUUUAUGACUUAAAAAAACAGAUUUUCUUUUAGUUAAAUAGAUAACAAAUAUCCAACUAGGACAUCAAUCCCAUAAAUCCCAUCCUAAAAGAGUAUAGGCAUGCAAUUUAAAACUGAUGAAGACAAGUCUGGAAUUUUCAUCAAAAUGUUAACUAACUAUGUUCAAAUUGUUGGAUCGAUAGCAACUUUUAACCUUUCAAUUCCUUCAGGUAUUUUUGAGUUUCCUUAAUCAGUAGGAUAGCCUCUAAAGUAAACUAUGAAUUCUCUUGACUGUGCUUUGGAAGAAUUAAAUGCAAGUAUGCCAAUUAUAUAUCUUAGACUUUUAUUUUCUCUAAUGAUUCCAGUUGUCUAUAUGAUUUUAUUCUUAACCUGUAUGCUGAUUUAUUAUUUAGUGAAAAAAUGUAAAAAGAGCAAGUAGGAGAAGUAGCAAUUUCCUUGGUAUAUUUUAACUACUGCUAUUAUGUUUUUAAUUAUUUACAUUCAACCUGACCUAGUUGCUUAAAUUAUUGCUCUUCUUUCCUGCAGAUAAAUUGGUGACACUAAAUAUAUUUUGUCUAAUGUUUCGUUUGUGUGUUAUACUAGUUAGCACUACUUAUAUGCCUUAUCACUUGUUGUUCCUAUGUUAUUAGUAUGGGUGUUUAUACUACCUGGUAUAUUAUUCUUUUUGCUUAGAAGAAACAAAGAAAACUUAGAAUCUAUCGAAAUUAAAUUGAAAUAUGGAUUUUUAUACAAAGAAUAUUAAAAUUACGCAUUUUAUUGGGAAUUUGUCAAAAUGGCUGAGAAAUUAGCUAUUAUUUUAGCUUUAAAUUUUUACUCUUAAAGUAUUGUCACAAAAGGUAUCCUUGUUUUUAUUGUUAUCACUGCUUACGGAAUUCUUUCUAUGAUGAUUCAUCCUUAUUAAGAGUCAGAUAUAAAUGAAAUUGAUGUUAAUUCAACAAAUGUAUGCGCUUUGACAGUUCUUUUGGGCUUAUUUAUGUAUGACAAUUAGUUCUUCUAUUUCGUGUACACCUCAUUAGCACUGAUUGUAAUAAUCAAUUUAUGGUUCAUUUUUAAGAUCUUAGGCAAAAUAAUUAGUGGUUAUAUUCCAAAGAUCAAGGCAGCAAUAGAAACAAUAGUUGAAGCUCUUUCAAAGAAAAUAUCCUUCUUUAAGAGAUAUAAGAAGAAAGAGCAAUAGAAAAAGCAAAUGAAGCCUGAAGUAAAACAAAAAUAUUAAGCUUUAUUCAAGAAAAUUUUAGCUCUUAAACCAUAAGAAAAGAAGAAGAUUUUCUUAAAUAUUAUUUAAAUGCAAAUAGUUGAAUCUUAUAAACACAUCUUUGGAGAACACGAAGAUGAAGAAAUACAUUUAGUGGAUAAAGAUAAACAAUAAGAAAAUCAACAGCCAGAUAAAUAGUUAGAGGUCAAGUAAAAUUUGCAAUAAAAAAGUUAGCGAGAUAGCUUAAAUUAGAAAGAAAUAUCUAUUGAAAUCUCACCAUAAAUUAAUUACAGAAACACAGUAGAGUAAUUAAAAAUUUCUGAUACCAAUAACGUCAAUGAAAUUGAAAUGCUUAAAUUAGAUAAUAACUAUACUUACCAAGAAACAAAAGAAGAAUUCACAAAUAGGAAUAUCAAUUUUGAUUCAAAUGCUAGGCUUUUUAAUCUUAAAUAAAGAAAAAAUCCUGAAUAAAAUUUUAAUCAAUUAUAAAUUGAAAAUAAACCUAGCUCGAAUGAUAAUAAGCUAGAUCAGAUAAAUUACGAGGGAGAUUCUAAAGAUAUUAUUCCAAAUACUCAACAAAACUACAGUGAUUCCAGUCAUAGCAAGUCUGAAGAAAGUGAACCUAUUGAUCAUGAGCAAAUAGAGUUGGACAUGCAUGAAGGAGAUAAAAAUGUCACUUAUUUAUAAAAUAAAAAUUGA